GAUAUUUCAUUUGACAGAUUGAAGAAAUGAUUGUAAGGCGCCUGAACAGAUGAAUUCUAUGGCUCCAAACUGUGGUCUGACAAUAUGACGCCGGCUGACGUGAUUAUACUCUGCUCCCUUAUGACCAGGACACUAUGUGUGGCUCCACAAAUGCCAGAUUUCAAGACCGGUGAGAAAAUUAUCAAUGGUCCUUUUUGGCAUGAAGUUUUCACGGAAGUCUAUGAAGAUACAGAAGAUGAAAUGUCAACUACAACAUCUGAACCCCUUCCUUUCUUCGAAGAUGAUCCCUCCACUAACAAUGUGACAGCUCAAUUGGGUAGCCGUGUACAUCUUCAUUGCAGAGUCCAUGAUUUGGGAGAUAAAACGAUAUCGUGGGUCCGAAGACGCGGGGAAGAGAUCCAUCUUCUAUCUUUCGGCCGUCACACAUAUUCUGCUGAUUCUAGAUACUCUCUGGCUUUCGAGCAACCAAACAAUUGGAGGUUGCUAAUACAAUACGUCAGUGAACGGGACGAAGGAUUUUAUGAAUGUCAAAUCUCUACCCAUCCUCCUCUAGUGCGAAGAGUUUACCUCGUUGUUGUUGUUCCAAAAGUUGAAAUAGUCGACGAAAGGGGCAAACCUCUGCAAGACAAGUUCUACAAGGAAGGUUCAAUUAUAGAAUUACGAUGCGUCGUCAGCGAGGUACCCGAACCUUCAAGACAAGUUAACUGGAAACACGGCAAUAGAUUGUUGAACUACGACACUAAGCGUGGAGGAGUCAGUGUGAAGACGGAGACUUUACCUAACGGCGCUUUAUCUCGACUCUACAUUGCCAACGCUAAUAGACAGGACUCCGGCAACUACACCUGCUCAUUGGCUGACUUCGCAGCGACUGCUGUCUCCGUGCAUGUACUGAGAGGUGAAAACCCUCUAGCGAUGCAACGCGGCGGUGUCUCCAAUGUGAGACAUUCAUUGCGCGCUCUGCUCAUUUCAUACAUCAGCUGACAGAUUGCCGGCGCGUUAUGGUCACGCGCCAUUUUGUAAAAAUGUAAUUGAUGUUAGUUUCAUAGUAAUAUCCUUAACUUUAAGUCGACUGAAGCAUCUUCACUAGUUAAUUGAGAUGUGAAGACCAGCAUAAGUUAAACUAUAGAUUAAACUAAUUGACAUAAAAAUCAAGGAUCUUAGCCGACUGGUUUUCGUUGUUGUAUAUUCGAUAUAAGAUUACAAAGCCCUUAAUUCUGUUAUUUAAUUACUAAGGCGCCAAUAAUGUUAUCCUACUAAUUUACAACGGCUUGUCAUUGUUCUGACAAUAGGGUAUUAAUUGGUAAAACCAAAGUUAAACGACAGCUUAACCAUGGGAAAUACGAUAUGAUACAGAUAUUUUAGUCUCAGAAACAAUCGGUAAGAAAUUCAAUUCAAAAUUAAAAAAAAACGC